CUCCGAGAGCCCCCCGCCGCCGCCGCGGGGGCUGGGCUGCUCUUGAACCCUGCCGACUGGCCAGCGGCUUCGCAGCUGCUAAUUAGGAGGGAGGCCCUGGGAGUACUGGUGGAUGGCACGUUGACUGUGAGCUGGCAGCGUGCCCUGGCGGCCGGGAGGAAAUUCAGGCAGGAAGAUCCAGGCGGAGCCGGUGUCCAGCACUCGAGGAGCAAUGUUCAUUAGCUAAAACACGAGUUCCACCUCAACACGGGGAUGAACUUCUUUACGCUGAGGCUGGCAGAGCACUGGAAUAGGCUGUUCAAGGGAGUCGGGGAGUCUCCCUCUCUGGAAACAUUCAAAACCCAGCUGGAGGCUUACCUGUGUCACCUGCUCUGGGUGACCCUGCCUUGGCUGGAGGAUUGCACUGAGUUGUCUCCAGAGGUCUCUUCCAACCCUGGCUAUUCUGUGCGCCUGUACAAGCAUGUUAUAAAAUUUAGUACCGUUUCCAGAAUGUUACCAGCUGGCAGUCUGGCAUCUACAGGACUCAUGGCUCUUUUUAUCUUAACUGGGGUUGUUUAGGUUUGCUUUGUGAUUUGGUUUUGUUUUUUUGGUUUUUUUUUUAAUUGGUCAUUGAUUGGGGUUUUAUGUAUUAUCACAAUCAGAACGUGAGCUGGCAGUGCUGUGCUUCAUCAAACGUGGAGCAUGUGGAGGCAUUGCCUGGGCAAGGCUCAGAACACCUCUCCAGUUUGUGUGUGACACUGGUGGAGAGACCAGCCCAAGCUUCACAACCAGCCAGAACUGACAGCAGGGAGAUGAGAAGUGUGAUGUCCCUGGCAGAGCAUUAAGGGCAAUAUGAUGGGUUACAUCCGAGGAAUCUUAUCCCAGAGCUUUGUAGACUGUUUUAUGGUUUAGGCUGGGUAACAGGAACUGGUGGAGGGAUCAGCUUGAAACAUGGGGAUGAAAUCUACAUCGCUCCUUCAGGAGUCCAAAAGGAAAGAAUACAGCCAGAAGAUAUGUUUGUUUGCGACAUGAAUGAACAGGACAUCAGUGGUCCUCCACUGCACAAGAAACUAAAGAAAAGCCAGUGCACACCUCUUUUUAUGAAUGCUUACACUAUGAGAGGGGCAGGCGCAGUGAUCCAUACACAUUCCAAGGCUGCUGUUAUGGCUACCCUUCUUUACCCAGGGAGUGAGUUUUCUAUUACCCAUCAGGAGAUGAUAAAAGGAAUCCAGAAGUGUACUUCAGGAGGCUAUUACAGAUAUGAUGAUACACUAGUGGUUCCCAUUAUUGAGAAUACACCAGAAGAGAAGGAUCUCAAGGAGAGAAUGGCACGUGCAAUGGAAAAAUACCCAGACUCUUGUGCUGUCCUGGUCAGACGUCACGGUGUUUAUGUAUGGGGAGAGACGUGGGAAAAAGCCAAAACGAUGUGUGAAUGUUAUGACUACUUGUUUGAUAUCGCAGUGCAGAUGAAGCAGCACGGGCUAGAUCCUUCAAAACAUCCAGCAGGAGAAAAUGGGAUCUUGUAAAUGUCAACAACAUUUAUACUCAGGUUUCUUAUAUGAUGAUGGGAGUUCCAGCUUUCACCCCACACUAUUGAAGCCAGAAGGGGGUGCUGAUCCUCAGCUGAUUGACAAAUGUCAGCAGGAACUUUUAACUGUUAAAUGCACCCAAGAAUUAAAGGAGAGUUUUAAAAAAACCCCAACUACUGAACAAUCAUUGCAAUUUACAAGUCCUGUCGAGUGCCACAGUAGGAGGAAUGAAAAUUCAGAUGCAAAAAUACUUUGAAAAACUGUGGAGAACUAAUGUCACAUUUUGGUUUUGGGCCUUAAAAAUUCGUAUUUCAACAGCCUGCACUUGGUGCUCCUGCCUUAAUGCUACAUCAUUUAACUUGAAAUAAACCUGCGUUUCUGAAAGUUAUUGUAACUUUUAUUCUUCCAGAAAAAUGUGAGGACAGCCCCUUAAUUAAUAAAGUUUAAAGCGUUGUUUGAACUGUUGAUUCCUUCA